AUGGAAGGAUACACAAUUGAAGAUAUAUUAAUAACAUAUAAAGCUGAUGACUGCCAAAAAAGGGUCUAUCAUCGAACUGUUUAUUCAAAUAAGAAACCUUUUUCGCAUUUCAUUAAUCUAAACCAGCUUAAUUCAAAACAAGAUCAUUCACAAUCAAAUGUUAAGGAAGAAACAAUAUUCAACGUCAAAUUUAAGCCUGGAGUUCCGUAUAGUGACGUUGUCAAGAAUCUUCAUACUUACAUUUCUCUUAUAUCUGGUGCAGGAUUUUCAAAACACAUCGAAUUGACAUCACUCCUAAACUUUCAUUGCCCAACAGAAACUACAUUACUUGCGCAUCUAAAGAGCAUAUUGCCAGAUCUUGAGAAAGUUGCAACAGCAAGUUGUGAAGCUAAUAUACAAGAAAUUCUUAAACAUGAUUCAGAAUACAAAUUUAAUGUUUCAUUAGAUUGCGCAUGGAGUUCUAAGCGCGAUGCUUUACAUGCCGUCAUUACGCUUAUAGAUAUAAAUACAAACAAAAUAUUAGAUUUUAGAAUAGUUUCAAGGCAUCCAGAAUUAAUAAAAUUCAAAAGUCCCAAAAUUUUGGUUGAACCAAAAAUUUCACCAGGAUUAAUGGAAAGCUAUGCAUUACGUGAUAUGUUGAAAUCUGAUUUAUGGAAAAAAAUAAAAGUUUUUUGUUCAGAUGGUGA